AUGAAGUCCGCCGCAUCAGCCUGUGCUCCGGGAGCAGAUCCGGUGCCUGCCGCCCGCACCGCUUCCACUCCGAGUGUGUGCGGAGUCGAGAGGGCGGAGACCUGCGUCCGCCGGAGAAUGGCUGCGAACGCCCGGGAGAGGCGACGCAUGCAGGGACUGAACACCGCCUUCGACCGGCUCCGCAAGGUGGUACCACAGUGGGGGCAAGACAAGAAACUUUCCAAAUACGAGACGCUGCAGAUGGCGCUGAGCUACAUCAUGGCUCUGACUCGAAUACUGACCGAGGCCGAACGCUACGGCAGCGACCGGCGCUGGAUUCACAUCCAGUACCAGCACACAGCGGGGAGCGAGAGCAUUCAGACUUACGUGGGACAGGUAUCAGAGAAAAAGGACAUGUGUACGGACAGCAUCUUCCCGUUCAACCACGACAGCUUCCAGAUAGUCAACUAA